AUGCCGAGUUCUCCUAGUUCCGUAAUUGUCGUCGAUGACUCUAGCGACGACGAAUCUUUACCCCAAAACAUUCGACAGAAUGUUGUCUUGAUUGUUAGUUCAUCUGACGAAUCAGACACAGAUCAUCUUAUUCCUCAGAAGAAGUUGCGAGUGGCGUCUCCCACUGCCCCUAAGAUCGGAAAGGAAGGCCAUGGCAGUGAAACGGAGAAGGAUAGGAAUGAAGCAAGUAGUACGAAUGACAGGGAUCAAGAUAGCGGUACCUGUGAGCAACCGACGCCUUACGUCAAAAUGGCGACCCCAGUUAAAAAGACGAGCUCAACUAGCCAAUCUAGUGCAACUAUGAAGUCUGAAGAUGAUACUGAUGAGAAGACGCCACCGUUGCGAACCGCAUACAGCAAUGUACGGAUGUAUUCGGAUUGUAUGUCUUUCAGCAAGUUACAAGCACAGCAGCGCGAGUUGGAGAGACUACAGGCUUACGCACAGCGCUCGAGCAAAUUGAUGCCUUGCAAUACCGCACACCGAGCAGCUACGGGAUCGAAGCGUAAGGCGAGCGACCCCAUGUCGGUGACGCACAGUCUUCAAACUGAAAGCUCGGUUAUGAUGAACAUAAGGUCACCGUUACCAUUCAACGUUAAUUUUUCCGAAUCAAGUAACUGUUCUUCUUCGAUGUCACCCGAAAAGAAGAAUGACGCAGCUGCAUGUAGUGUCCAAGCUAAGCCGAUGUCUCUUCAGGAUGUGGUGGCACAAGAGUCAGAGCUUGCAAAACUGCGCAGCGAGAAUGCGAAUAACGAAAGUCAUGUGAUUUCCCUCAACCAGAAUAAAAUAUUGGAACCAAUGACACAGUCGUCAGUACCAAGAUCAUCACUUUCUCCAUUCAGAGACCCAAAAAUCCUCGUUGAUGGACAUGGAAAAUCUGAUCAUGCUGACACCGUAGAGGACGCACCCUUUCAACCUGAGCCGUUCUCGGAAGAAUCACUGUCGAAAUCGGUAUGCAAAUCUGGCAACCCUAGAAAUCCUAGUUUGCUAGAUGCAUUAGGCCGUGCUAGUGAACCGAGACGUAAACGUGGCAAGACAGAUAAAGCUGUUUUUUUGAAGAAAUCUAUCAAGUCCAAGCUCAAAAUGAGAAAGAUUGAACCACGAACUCUAUCUGCAAAAGCAGCAGUGCGGAGCUCUUCUACUACACAAGCUGGUCCUUUCUCCGAAAAAUUGGCGCAUUGCAGAAAUGCUCGAGAUACGGUGAUACCCGGUACGGUGUGGCGAAAUGUGUGUUUUGACACAGCCCCGACCAAUUUGCUGCCGCUCGGUUUGGACAUCUCGCAUCCUUUUUGCUCGGCAUUUGACCUCCCACUUUUGACCUAUGAUGUGGACGGUGAUUUAAAGAGCAAGUGCGAAAUCUUGCCGCUAUUUGGCAAACCAACACAGUCUGUACUACCCACGCUGGUGUCUGCCGAGACUGAAAGGGUCAUAACACAAAAAGACAUGGAAACUCGCGUGACAGAACUCAUUCAACGUGAGUUGCCCAGGCUUCGAGCAUGCCACCAGCGAAAAGCAACGGCUAUCCUUACCGAAGCGCGAGCAAAGGUUCAAAUGUAUCUUGCGGCACACGAAACGCUUAAAUUGCCGAACAUGCACUUACAAACCCAAAGGAAGCGUUUGUGCGAUGAGGAUGUACUGACCAGGUCUUUGCGUAAUCAAAUGAAGCAAGAAAAACCGACGCAAUCAUUAUCUUUGGGAUAUUGCAACGUGAGGGGUGAAACGAGCAAUGUCGAAGAGAAAAUGUUUCCGCAAGACGUUAAUCAGCUCCCUAAUAUUCGUCCGUUAAGCAGAUGCACUACCUACAUUGGCGUGAGAGCGAAUAUCCGUGUAGAGGAUGAUCCAAUUUUGCGUUACAAGCCAUAUUUCGGAGAAGAGGAUGAUGGUGCAGACAUUGACCAAGCCUGGUAUGAUGCAAUUUCACCCAUGAGGUCGAGUCUGUCGAUUGGUCUGCAUGGCGAGGUAAAUGAGUAUUUGUUGCGUCUUGUAGUUCACGAAUUCGGGAUUACCGACAAUGUGUUCAGUGCGCUGGAACGUGUGUCCGGGUUUGCUCAAGCUUACUUGGAUUACAGCGAGAUGAAAAAGUUGGAUGAUUCGAUUUGUCUCGCUGCAUGGCGCAUAAAGAACGCAAAAGAGCUGAUAGCAAAGAAGCCAGAAGGGUUUCCGCUGGCGAAGGUGAUAGCGUUGGAACCAUUGCUACGAGACAACAGUGAUUGUCAGAAGACCCUGGCGGAACGGUUAGCACCACCGCCCACGUAUUUCGACUCCAAUUUGGCAAGGCAUCAUUCAGACCGUGGCUAUGGUUUGGGAUUACGAUCGGCAGAAAACUACUCGGAAUUACUUGUCACGUACCGUGAUAUGUUUUGCCGAAUGUGUUACGAUUACCAUUGUCUUCAGCACGGCAUCGAGCAUCCGCUUCCGUCUCACCGAGUUGAUCCUGUUAACCCUCCCGUCCACCUGUCAGCUGUCGCUUUUGCUGCCCUCGCCAAGUUACAGCCUAGUGAGGAUCUAAGACGAACAGACCGCAGCUCCGAGAGCUGCGCCUCUACUGUGAGUCUUCCGGCCAACACAGACGCAUCAAAUAGUAGCAGCGACGCUGAAGAAAAUGUACAAAGCGAUUAUACACGCAGCGGUUAUGUACAUACUGGUAAUAGUAUUUUCGAGGAACAAGGGUUUCGAAGUGCCAACGAUGGAGAAGUGGCAGUCACUGAACGAUUGCACGAAACUCGCCGAUCUUCUCGCACUUUGACGAGAGUAUGCAGUUUAGCAAGCCGAAGCUUGACCAAGCAAGGUACUCGCCACUCUCGAAAAAAACAUUCUGGGCUUCACCACAUAAAAAUGUAUCCGCCGGUGGCAGACGAGUCUGAGUACCUUGACGAUUCUUACUAUGGACACGUGACUGCCAUCGUCAAACAGUCACAGCAAGCUGACGAAAGGUGCUCAAAGGAAUGCUGGAAAGCUGAACACUCCACUGCUUUUGCAGACGCCGAUUAUGGAUCCGACGAGCUAAAGCGUGGACUAAAAUCACUGAGCGACACUGAACUAACCUUGCUUCGAAAGCUUCGGGUCAUUAUUGGCGACAACCCGUGUAUUCUUUCUGCCAUGAUGAAGUCAACAACCUGCGCGGAAGUUGGGGCAUUUUUGGAAUUAGAGCGCAACAGUAAACAGAUUUGCACGGGCUCGAUGGACGGCGUGCCGCUCUCGCGUGGAGCUCGGAGUCAUAAUGGUCGAAAGCGUGGUAGAGCGCUGGACUUACGCAGCAGUAACAACCGAAUUCUGCAAAAAAGAUCGAAAAACAACCGGGUGAAUCAUGAAUAUGAGCCUUGUGAUCAUGAGGGUGCGUGCGAUUCAACUGGUUGCUCAUGUAUGAUGCGCGAUCAUACAUGUGACAAGGCGUGUUCAUGCUCACGCCACUGCGCCAAUCGGUUCGUUAGUCGAUUUAUCAUGCAAACUGAAUUGUUGCUAAUUGGCGCUUUUGUUUAUCUGGACAUGGCCACAGGUUCCCAGGGUGCAAAUGCAGCCUUGGAAACUGCCGAACCAAGGCGUGCCCAUGUUACAUCGCUGCGCGGGAGUGCAACCCUGAUUUUUGGUGUCGCAUACUCUACCACUCACGGUUGGGGAGCCUUUGCUUUGGAGCCAAUCAAGCGUGGCGAAUUUAUCUACGAGUACCACGGAGCGCUCCUUUCUCAAGACGAAGCAGAACGUCGCGGCAGCAUCUAUGACAAGAUGACUAUCAGCUUUUUAUUUGAUGUUGAUGAUGACUCUGUUGUUGAUGCCAUCCGGAAGGGCAACAAAAGCAAGUUUGCAAACCACUCAACAACUAACAAAAAAUGCAAGGGCAAAGUUCUGACUGUAGGUGGUGAGCACCGAAUCUCAAUUUGGGCCCAGCAAGAUAUCGCGGAGGGCGAAGAGCUGUUUUUCGACUACGGCUACCACGGGGAGACUGCACCAGACUGGAGCUAA